UUUGCGACAGUCUUUCAAACACAGCCGUCAUACUUUACGGCAGGGUGAAGCGCGAGUCAGGCUGCUGUCAGCAGGAAAUGCGCAUUGGACUGCCCGGUGCAGAGACACUGCAAGGUGGAUCCUUAAAAGCUUUGGUUGUGACGGUGCUCCUGAGUGUGUUUAUGUUCCAGCUGCUGAGGACUGUCGGACUAAGAGCCUUCUCCAUGGCGUCUGAGACCUACUUUUCAGGCACACACUCGGCCGCUUUUGUCACAUGUCCUAAUGACACCGUAGCCAUGGAUUUGGCCAGGGGCAUCGUGGAACGGAAACUCGCUGCCUGCGUCAACAUCGUCCCGGCAAUCAAGUCCGUAUACGAAUGGCAGGGGAAGAUUGAGGAGGACAACGAGGUUCUUCUGAUGAUUAAAACAAGAAGUUCCAAGGUCCCCGCUCUGGCUGAAUAUGUCCGUUCUAAUCAUCCUUAUGAAGUGGCCGAGGUCAUCAGCCUCCCCAUCGACCAGGGCAACCCGCCCUACCUGAAGUGGAUUGGAGAAACUGUACCUGAGUAAAGGAGCUGAUGAAAAAGAAAAAGGUUUUUUUUUUUUUUUCUCCCCGGGUUAACGUGAAAAAGAAACUGUUCACCUCGUGUUCAACACCUUUCUGCCUUUCUGUAAUUGUACCACUAGUGGGCAGCAUUUGUCUUCUCUUUCACUGUCACUAGUUUUCAAGUGUCAGACGUUGGGAAAUUCUUGUUUCUGUCUCCUUGAAAAUAAAAAGGGAGAAUUUUUUUUUU